CUGUCACUUCCUGUGUUUUUGUGAGCCUCGCUUCAUUUAAUUCGGCGAAGCCUGUGACUGCAGACAAACUCGCAUUACUCCAAGCCAACUGACCAACGGGCGACCCCGGGUUACAAAACAAACCCAACCUCUCUGGCCAACAGUUUGAGGAGCUAACGAGGGUAACGCAGAAGCUAAACAGCUAAUUCGAAAUGGCGACGGCAAUAUACUUGGAACAUUACCUUGACAGUAUUGAAAACUUGCCAUGUGAGCUACAAAGGAACUUCACUUUGAUGCGGGACCUGGACAACAGAACUGAAGAAAAGAAAGGAGAGAUCGACAAACUGGCUGAGGAGUACAUCGCAAAUGUCAAGAAUCUAGCUUCUGAGCAGAGAGUUGAACACCUGCAAAAGAUCCAGAAUGCCUACAGCAAGUGCAAAGAGUUCAGUGAUGACAAAGUCCAGCUCGCAAUGCAGACAUAUGAAAUGGUGGACAAACAUAUCCGCAGGCUGGAUGCAGAUCUGGCACGGUUUGAGAAUGAGCUCAAGGAGAAACUAGAAGUGAGCUAUGACAGUACAGAUGGCAGAGGUUUGAAAAAAAAUGAUGUGCGGGGGCUGAGAGAGAAGCGUGGAUCCAGGGGAAGAGGAAGGAAAGGUUCAGAUGAAGAUUCUCCCAGAAAGAAAAAAAUGAAAAACAGCCCAGACUUGAGUGACGCUCUCCUGCCUAUGCAGCCAUCAGACGUGUUGGACAUGCCGGUCGAUCCAAAUGAACCUACAUAUUGCCUGUGUCAUCAGGUGUCAUAUGGAGAAAUGAUAGGAUGUGAUAACCCAGAUUGCCCCAUUGAGUGGUUUCACUUUGCUUGUGUUGAUCUCGCCACAAAACCCAAAGGAAAAUGGUUUUGUCCGAGAUGCACCCAGGACAGGAAGAAAAAAUGAGUUUUCAUAUUUCCAGAAGUGCUUCUCUAACAUCUGUACUUUGGGUAGAGUUUCGUAAUGUCAUAAAUAUAUAAAAUAUUUUAGUUCGUACAGCGCACCAUAUAAAUGGUGGAUCAUAAAGCUUUCUUUAAAGGCCUAAUCCGGAGUUGGAGUAUAUCUAUACUUGUUGCUUUACUAUGUCCGUGUUAUUGGAUUUCAAGAUGCCUGUCUUUGUCCAGUAGCUCUAAAAUGACUAGUUUACCUAUGUAUUAUUUGUCUAAUCUGGGUAAAUCUGGGUAAUCUUCUGGGUGUAGUUUUCACAAAUUGUCAUUCAGAAAGUUGUUCCUCUUAAGUCAUUUGCUUUGUGUGUGUGUGCGCGCGCGCGUGUGCAUGUGUAAAGACUAACUCAAAAACCCAGAUUGUGUCUUAAGCAUACUUGAAAUGUGAGUUUUAUAAAUGACUUUUUAAAAUAAAUUAACAGCCUGCUGAGAAUUUACAAUUCAGAUGCCCAAAUCCAUGUGUAAAUGGUGAUGGGAAAAGGAAUUGUCAGUUUUUUUGUUACUACCUCCUUAGGGAAUACAUCGGCACUGCAAAAAUGACUGCAAUUGAUAACAAUGUAAAAAAAACUGUUUUGAUUAGCUUAAACCAAACUAGCAAAGCAAUGUAAAGUCAUUCUGUAUUGCAUUUUAACAAAAACCUGCGACAUCUUUGAAUGUAUUGUGGUACUUAUGGUCAGUCAGUCAGUCAGUGUCUAUUGUCAACUGAAUGAGGUAUUUAAGCACUUUGAAUGACAUUUUCCCCUUACAAGGUUUGAUAAUGCAGGCUUAGUUUUAUGUUAUAGUUUAUCUCUUUUAAAACUUUGCCAUAGAACAUCAUGUCAAACCAUAUAUAUGGAAGUAUAUAUAUUUUGUAUGAUAUAAAACUAUUUUGUGAACACA